GGAGGAGGAGUUUCCUAGAGGGAACUUGACCCGUUAGUAGCCGCGGCCAUGGCGGCGCGCUUGCGGCCCUCACAGCUCCCUCCGCCCGCCGCGCGACAGUUGGGGCCCGGGUCCCCACGUGUUGGGCUGGGAGCUGUGGCACACGAAGUGCUAAGCGACACUUCGGGUCUUGCGGGCGCAGCGCGGGAGGGCGUCAUGGACAAAAGCGAUUUACCCCGGCGGGGCGAAGAAGGGUCAGAGGGCCAGCGAGGGCCAGGGCGGACAGCUGCGGCUCAGGCUCCCCUCCACAGCGCGCCCAUGGGGUCCAUGCGACUAGAGGGCAUCUCGGUAGAGGAGGCGAUGGUGACCCGGACGCAGCUGCUGGAGGAAGAGCUGAGCAGCGUAAAGGAGGAGCUGGCCCUGUGUCAGGCUGAUAAAGAAUUCGUAUGGUCUUUGUGGAAACGUCUCCAGGUGACAAACCCAGAUCUCACGCAAGCAAUCAGUUUGGUUGUGGAAAGAGAAAAACAGAAAUCUGAAGCAAAAGACAGAAAAGUUUUAGAAAUUCUGCAAGUCAAGGAUGCUAAAAUAGAAGAAUUGGAACAGAGAGAAUCAGGACUAAAACAGGAAAUAAAUGACCUUGUAAAACGGAAGGUUGCAGUAGAUGAAGAAAAUGCUUUCUUAAGGAAAGAAUUCAGUGACUUGCAGAAGAAAUUUAAAGAUAAAAGUCAAGAAGUUAAGGACACUAAGGAGUGUGUACAGAAUAAGGAAGAGCAAAACAGACUGGUUAUAAAAAAUCUGAAGGAGAAAAAUGAGAAAUUAAGUACCCACUGCGCUGACCUGCUAAAUGACCUGGAGAAACUGAGGAAGCAGGAAGCACAUUGGAGAAAAGAAAAGUAUAGCAUUGAUGCAAAAAUAAAGGCCUUUGAAGACAAUUUAAUCGAAGCAAGGAAAGAAAUUGAAGUAUCACAGAGUAAAUAUAAUGCUCUAUCAUUACAGUUGAAUAAUAAACAGACUGAACUUAUCCAGAAGGAUAUGGAUAUUACCCUGGUCAGGAAGGAGUUGCAGGAGCUGCAGAAUCUGUACAAACAGAACAGUGCACAUACAGCACAGCAAGCAGAACUGAUCCAACAGCUUCAGCUUCUGAAUAUGGACACACAGAAGGUACUGAGGAACCAGGAAGAUGUUCACACAGCUGAAAGUAUAUCAUAUCAAAAACUUUACAAUGAGUUACAUAUUUGGUUUGAAACCACAAAAUCAAGUGAAGCUAUGCUCCGACAAAGUGUUGUUAAUCUUCAGGAUAAGCUAUUUCAAAAAGAGCGGGAAAACGCUAAAUUAAAAGAAAAGCUUCAGGAGUCACAAGGAGCACUCUAUCCUUUACCUCAAGAAUGUGAUUCAGACCACUCAGAACAGGUUUCUCAGCAGCCAUCUUUAUCGAGCUUAGAAACCUUAAUGGUCUCACAGAAGUCUGAAAUUGAGUAUUUACAGGAGAAACUGAAAAUAGCAAAUGAAAAACUAUCAGAGAACAGAUCUACCAACAAGGGUUCCUCAGAGAAGAGCAUCUUGACAAGUACUGAAAGGAAACAUAAGGAACUACCUGUGAAACGCUCAAGGUCUUUGUCCCCAAAGAGCCCUUUCUUAGACUCAGAGGAGCUAAAGAAGCUGAGAAAUGCUGAAAGAAAGAUUGAAAACUUAGAGAAGGUACUACAGCUAAAGAGCCAAGAAAAUGAUGAGCUAAGAGAUGCCCAUGAAAAACACAAGGAAAGGCUACAGAUGUUACAGACCAACUACAGAGCAGUAAAAGAGCAAUUAAAACAGUGGGAAGAAGGCAGUGGCAUGAUGGAAAUCAGGAAAAUAAAGAGAGCAGAUCCCCAAAAACUUCGACAAGAAGAUUCUGAUGCUGUAUGGAAUGAACUGGCCUAUUUCAAAAGGGAGAACCAGGAGCUAAUGAUUCAAAAGAUGAAUCUUCAAGAAGAAUUGGAUAAACUUAAGGUACAUAUGUCUGUUGAUAAAGCAACAAUACAAGAAUUGAAUACAUUUAUGGCAGAGAGAAGAGAAGAAGAACUCUUUAGAUACGGUGAAGAUGAUGGGGUCAAGAAGAGUACUCCAGAGAAGAAUUGGAAAGAAAUGUCGGAGCAGACAUUGCAGAAGGUCAUUGAAUUGGAAAAUCGGCUAAAAUCUUUUGAGAAAAGGUCAAGAAAAUUAAAAGAAGGGAAUAAAAAAUUAAUAAAAGAAAAUGAUUUCCUGAAAUCCCUUGUAAAACAGCAGCAAGAAGACGCAAAGACCAGAGAAAAAGAGGUGGAACAACUGCAAAAGGGAAGUAAAGAUGUAGAAAAAGACAAAGCUGAACUUCAAGUAAAACUCAGUGAGCUGGAGAUAGAAGUCACUUCCCUAAGGAGACAAGUGGCAGAAGCUAAUGAGUUGAGAAAUGAAAAUGAAGAGCUGAUGAAUUCAGUAGAGAAAUUACAGCGUUCAGCAGACAAAGCUAAAUCUGAGAUGGCCACCACGGAAGUGAGAUCUGGAUCUAGACAAUCUGAUUGUAAGGCAACCACUACCAAGGUUAAAUUUAAAGCGGCCAAGAAAAAGCGUGCCGUGGGUCGUUACCACACUGUUCUCAAUCACUCCAUCAAGGUCAUGAGCAAUGUGUUUGAGAACCUCAGCAAGGACGACUGGGAGGAUGUGUGCGAAAGCAGUGAUUCUGAAGCACAGACCGUACAAAAUUUGGGGAAAAUUAUUGUAGAAACAUCCCAGAAAAUAAGUCCUACAGAGGAUAGAGGAGACCAGAAAGAAAGCCAAACAGAAGACAGCCAAAUGCAAGGCAAAGAAAUAGUACAAAUACAUCCAAAUGUAGAUGGAAAGACUCCAAAGAAUUAUUUUCACAAGAAUGCCAAAAAACCAACUUUUCAAAAGAAGAAUAGUAAUAUUCAAAAGAGUUCACAUACGACAGGUCCUACCAGAGUUAACAGAGAAAACUGGAAAAAUAUAAUGACCCACAAGUCAAAUAGCAGUAUUAUUUUAUUACGAGAACGUAUAGUAUCCUUGCAACAACAGAACAGUGUACUUUUGAAUGCCAAAAAAGCAGCAGAACUGUCUAUUAAAGAAUAUAAAGAAGUCAAUGAAAAGCUCCUUCACCAGCAGCAAGUGUCUGAUCAGCGGUUUCAAACAAGCAGACAGACAAUAAAGAAGCUAAAUUCGGAUUUGGCUGAGCUUCGGAAAGAAAAAGAAGAUUUACUAAAGAAAUUGGAGCCUUCAUCCGAAAUCACAAGUUUGGCUGAAGAAGUUGCCCAGGUAACAGUUCCACGGAUACAAGUUACAUCACUUGGCCCUUCAAGGAGCAUGGAUUUGGAAAUGAAGCAAUUGCAGUGUAAACUAAAGAAUGCAACUAAUGAACUCACUAAACAAUCAUCAAACUUGAAGUCUCUGAAAUCUGAACUCCUAGCAAAAGAAGAACACAUAAAGGAAAUGCAUGAAAAGAUGUCUCGAAUGGAGAGAGAUAUAACCAUGAAAAGACAUUUGAUAGAGGACUUGAAAUUUCGACAGAAAGUAAAUUUGGAAAGUAAUGAGAGUAUUAAUGGAAUGCUAGAAAAUCUUGAAAAAAAGGUGAAGACAUUAACUGAAGAGUGUUCCAACAAGAAGGUAUCAAUCGAUUCACUAAAGCAAAGACUUAGUGUCGCUGUAAAAGAGAAGUCACAGUAUGAACAGAUGUAUCAGAGAACUAAAGAGGAGUUAGAAAAAAAGGAUCUCAAGCUUACUUUCCUCAUAUCAAAAAUAAAUGAGACUGAAUCUGCUAUGGCAGAAAUUGAAACAGCAGCAUCUAAGCAUCUUCAAGGAUUAGCAAUGCAAAGUGAGCAGGCCCUAGAAGGUGCACAGAAGAAAUUGCUGCUAGCCAAUGAGAAAGUGGAAGAGUUCACCAUAUUUGUGAAGGCUUUGGUCAGAGAGUUACAAAAUGAUGUCCAUUCAAUAAGGCGACAAAUCAGAGAACUUAAAAAGGUGCAGAAAAACAGGGAUGCUUGUAAAACCUCAACCCAUAAAGCCCAGACCUUGGCAGCAUCUAUCCUGAACAUUUCACGGUCAGAUCUAGAGGAAAUAUUGGACACAGAAGAUGAAGAAGAAAUCGAAAGGACAAAGAUCGAUGCUGAAAAUGACAAGGAAUGGCUGUUGUACAUUCAGAAACUUCUUGAAGGACAGAGAAAAAUAGAAGAACCUACAAGGGCAGAUGGAUGUGCACAAAUCAUGCAUCUUGAUUAAAGGAUGGGUUGCUUUUUGAAAUGCAUGAAGUGUUAGGCUCUGUAUGAAGCUUAAAAGAAGCUUACAAUCCAAUAUAACAGGUUUGACAAACAGUUGUGUUUAACUGUGGGGCUUUUCAUUUUUAUUGGGAGCCUGAGGAAAAGAAUAAAAGGGGUUGUCAGCAAUAAAUUAGUAAAUGGACCUCAUGUUCCACUUUGGAGGCUUCCUGGAAGAGAGAUUCUUCGAGAUAAGAAGAAGCCAAAUGUCCAAGUACACGACAUGCUGAAAUUGUUCUGAUCACAAGAUAAUAAGAGUAGGUUUAGUUUUUAACUUGAAAAUGAACUGUGCAAAUAAGAUGAUUAAUGUCAGUACAUUGUGGCCUGGUAAAAGUGCUGUGACAUUAUUAUACAGGAAAUCAUAGAGCCAGCAUGUUUCCCAAAGUGUAUUCCAUGGACCACUAGUUCCACAUGAUAAAUAGACUAUGAGAAAAGUGCGGACAAAUGAAUUUAGAAACAGAGUAUUACAUUGCCCUCUUGGAGAAACACAGUACCAUUAGUACCUUAAAGUCUCUAAGAGAUCCUGAAAUAAAAUAACAUUUUAAAGUUUGGUUUCUUUCCCAAACUUAUUUGAUCAGAGAACCCUUUUUUCUUAGAACAACUUUUUUAAACACUCAUUUCUGCUUUUGCUUCUACCAGGAAGAGAUGGGAGGUUAUUCUCAUCUUGUUUCUUUGCUCUUUUGUUGGAAUGCAUAUGGUACUGAGUGCCAUAGUCAAAAUAAAAGAAAGUUACCUGGUAGUUGUGCCUUGGUGUGUGUGAGUAUUCCUUUAACAUCUAAUGUUAAUGCCCUGAGAAUUUAAAUUGUCUCAUUUGUAAAACUGGCAGUUUCACCAAAUAUAACUGUUUUCUGCAUCCCAGAGGGCAAUCUUCUCAAAGUAAGGAUUUGCAGUGAGUAUCAUUAUCUUCCAGAAGGGAAUCUAAUAUAUUUUUUCCUUGAUUCUAUGAUGCAUUUCCUCACGUUUUCACAUUUCUGAAAUUGAAAUGCCUAUGCAAUUUGUGUAUAUUUAAUGUGAUAGGUUUCUUUUUUCCAGAAAAAGCUGUUUUUAAGUCAAUGUGGGUAUCUUAUAUUCACCUGUAUCUUAAGAAGUGAAGAAAUGUGAUAUUUUUGUAUCUUAUGCUUUAUUUAGUGGUAAGUUUCAAGUAGGACAAAUGUCUAAAACUCUUGACAUAGACUAUAGAUAGAGUCUAUCCUGACAUAGACUCAGAGUAUCUUAAGGAGAAGUCAAUUUAUUAUAAAUAUAAGAAGGAAGUUAAGCUAGAAAGCUACUUAAGAUAUGAGGCAAUUCUAUGGACCAACACCGGUCUCUAUAUUUUCUCCAUGGCCUGCAUAAUCUGUUUGUGCCUUUUGGGCCUGUUUCACUGCCCAAUCUGUUUCACUGCCACUGGCCAGUCUUUUCUCUGUUUCCCAGUUUGCAUUCAGAAAAGAACCAUUAUGCUGGGUUUAGCUAAAUAUAACAGCUGAGCAUAGCUGAUCUGAGCACAGCUGAACAACUCACACAGCGGACAUCAGGCUGAUUUUGCUCAGGUGCUGACCAGUGUUGCUGUCUGUCGGUGGUUGUCCUAGCACAAAGAAGGGCCUGACUCUACAUCCCUGUAGGGAAGGGGACUGGGCUUGAUAAGGAUUCUCGUUAAUAUAUUCAGGGAGACAAAAGUAGUCUUUACUGGUUAAUCAAAAAGACAAUUCCAAAAAUAACUUAAUGAACUUCUUGAUUGUUAUAAACCUUUUAUAUGAAACUAGAUAGCUAGGAAGGAGGAUAAAAGGAAGUCGGUAGGCUUUGGGAGGUAACUGGGCAACAUUUAGGAUUUUCUUUCACUUAUAACCCAUAAGUGUAUUGUGUGAGUUCUACGGGCACCUCAGUGAAGCACAGGGAACGAUAAAACUUUACCAGAAAAGUUAUAUAAAUUAUGAAAUUUAAAAAUGUAAUCUAUAUUUCAUAAACUUAGCAGUUUGCAACAUGUGUAUUACACUUUGAUAUGCCAAACUUUUCUAUAACAACUUAAUCAAUGGAUAUACUUUUGCCAUUUUUUUUCCUCUGAAAUUUCACCCUACAAUUCUUGAGAUGUUCAGCUCUAACACAGACAAGUGUAUUGAUAGUUCUUUCUCACUCUUUUAUGAGUGAUGAACAUACAGUACUACUGUGGGCCUCUGGGCCCUAGAGAAGACUGUAACCUGCUAUUGAUCAGCUGACUGAAGAUAAAUGGCUUAACUGCUUGUAUUGCAGAUUACAACAUUAACAUGGUCAGUAAACCAUGAAUUGUUCAAUAAGGCGUUUAUCUUUUUUCAUUUUACUUCUGCUCCUUUAUCAUUUUUAUUAUAAAAGACAAAAUUACCCACACUAACCAACAAGAUCAGUUGAAAAGAGACCCAGUAGGGUACCAUUAUGGGUGCAAAGUUGCAGACAGCUGAGUUCUAAUGGUUUAAUGAUAUUUAGUAUAUAUUUCUGAACUGAAGAAAAUAUAGAGUUUUCAUCUUUUUUUCUGUGUUUCUUUUACAGCUUCCUUUGGCCACAUAUUUACUAGAAGCAGUACUGGAGAAAAUAAAUGAAAAAAAGAAACUAGUUGAAGAAUAUUUUGCAAUUUUGAAAGAUAUUAGAUGAUAUUAUGAUUAAGAACAU